CUCCAAAACGCAAAACCAGUUGCCAGCGCGUCCUCUUGCAGCCAAAAGCAGCAAGACCUGCAUAAUUACACCCCUCGUCGUGACCCCUCGUCGUACCCCACGCAAUCCUGGCUUUGAUCGAGCGAUAACAAGCUCAUCCCAUAUUGCUCUCGCUAGCGCAGAGCUGCUGCAUAAACGCACCAAAUUGGCAUUAACAGGGACGCUGCCGCAGCGCACCCUUUGACAAAAUGGACACCCAGGCCUCCAGCUCCAGCGGAUCGUCAGAUGUUUCUGGAGGCUGGUCGACGGCGACCGCGAUCGGCUGUUUGGCCGGCGUGCCCACGGCUGCGUUUCUCCAGAUCGGCUUCAUCAAGACCUUGCGGCAACGUAAUGUGGCGGUCGCGAAGUCGCGGUUCGGCGUACCUGGUUUAGGGUAUGCAGUCGUCCGCGACUGCGCGUACUGGUCGGCGACGCAAAAACAAGUGCAAACGCCAAAGCCGAGCUGGUGGGAGGAGCUCACGAUGCAGUUCGGGGUUGUCGCUGUGCCGUUGGUUUGUGAUACACUCUCGGUACGCGUAGCAGAAAAGGGUUUCAAGCUCCCUUCGGAACCGGCCAAGGUCUUCGCGGUCGCCUGCCCGCCCGUAGCUUUAUUGGGCAGGAUGACCUGGAUCCCCGUCUACAACUACGCGUAUGUCCUGGCGCAGCAGCGGUUUGGCGACGCCUCUCCCAUCCACGAGGGCCUGGGCUUGCUAGUAGGUUCGUUGGCGGCGUCGUACGUCGCUUAUCCCUUAUUCGUCUUCAAGACGAAUCUGCUGCUGUGCCACGAUGGUGGUGGGGCAUUAGAUGUGAGGAGGACCCUCAAUCUAUGUAGGGAGGCCGCCCUUAAAAGUUGCAACGCGUCGUCUUUUUCAGGCUUGAGAAGUGCCGGCGUCAUAACCGCGGCAGCAGCAGUGAUGAAGGGCGCGAAUCCGCAUGCCAUCGCGAACAUCGGUCCUGAUGUUUUGUGCAUGGGCGCGGCGCGCGCGGCGUACAAGCUGCUCUUUGGGGCGUCGGUGAAGGAGUAG